UUGUCAUCGGAAAAAAACAGCUUCGAGAUCGAUCCUGGAGGUCCUCACAGCCAUGGCCAGUCAUCGGAUUUCAUUUCGGCAGCUGAAUGGCGAAGCGAUUGUUCUUGAUAUCAUUCCAGACAUCACUGGUCAGGAACUCAAGGAGCGGAUCAAAAAGUGCCAGCUUUGGGAUGAUGAACUCACACGUCAGACAACCAGGGUGGACAUUGUCGUGGGGGCCAGCAGAGUGAUGAAGAAUGAUGAGACAGCUGCAGACGCAGGCCUUUCUCCAGAAUCAGACGUGCCCGUUGUUUUGAAACAAAACGCUGUGACAUGCUCCCAGAAAGGGGAGAUUGACCGGUUUGGCCAUGACAUUGACUUGGAGUCUUUGUUGGUAGUUUACAUCCCAAGCGGUGCAACUGAAAUCUAUCCAUUGGCAUUCGAAAACUACAAAAAAAUGGCAAGUGUGACAAUCCCUGACGCUGUGACCCUGAUUGGGUCUAGGGCCUUUGGGUCCUGCAGCUCCUUGGCAAGUGUGACCAUCCCCAACUCAGUGACCCGAAUUGGGUAUGGAGCCUUUGCAGGAUGCAGCUCCUUGGAAAGUGUGACAAUCCCUGACUCAGUGACACAGAUUGAGUCUAGGGCCUUUGAGUCCUGCCGCUCCUUGUCCUGCAGCUCCUUGGCAAGUGUGACCAUCCCCAACUCAGUGACAUACAUUGGGGUUCGCGCCUUCUUCGGGUGCAGCUCGUUGGAACAUGUGACCAUUCCCAACUCAGUGACCAAGAUUUGUGAUGGAGCCUUUGCAGGAUGCAGCUCCUUGGCAAGUGUGACCAUCCCCGACUCAGUGACCCAGAUUGGGCUUGUUGCCUUCAAAAAAUGCGAGGCAUUGGCUAGUGUGACCAUCCCCAACUCAGUGACCAAGAUUGGGGAAAGAGCCUUCCAAGGGUGCAGUGCUUUGACUUUGGUGGUGCCCGUGACUCGGACCUGGUGGGAGUUUGGUGCCUUCAUGGGCUGCAAGCAGAUUCGAGCCAAAGAAUGCGAAUGUCAAGAGUGCGAGUACGAGUGGUUUCUGCAGGGCGAGUACGAGUGUCCUCGACGGCGAUCGUGAGACGGCCACCAUGGGCGCUUGAGUCCACAGACCGAUUGAAAGCCGUGCGCGA